AUGAAACAAGUGGCACAACAAGAUGCUGAAAAGGCUCGUUAUCUUGUAGAGAAAGCUGAACAAAUGAAAAUCGCAGCCAUUACCACUGCUGAAGGAGAUGCACAAGCCGCCAAAUUGCUCAGCAAGGCGUUCGCGGAUGCUGGCGAUGGACUCAUAGAGUUGAGAAAGAUCGAAGCUGCUGAGGAGAUAGCUGAGCGUAUGUCCAAAGCAAAGAACGUCACAUAUUUGCCGGGAAAUCAAAACGUACUGCUCAAUCUGCCACAACAUUAA